CUAAAAAAUAAUGGCUAAUAAGCUCCCUACUCCAAACUCUCCGUUGACGUCGAUUGUGUGUGUCAGGUUUUGAUCGAGUUCAUCUGAUGUUCUUAGUCCACUCCAAUAUCAAGAUCAUGCUCACUGGAAUCUAACCAGGCGAUUCGAAGUCUUCGGGCUUUGACCAACGAGGUGUCUCUUUAGAGAUGCUUUGCCUCCUUUAAAGCCGAAUGGUCUAAGCUCGUGCGUGCUUCACUGUUGGAAGGACUUCUUUGUAUCUCCCGAAUCAGCCGCCACUUUACUUCGACUCCGUCUCUGCUGAAUCUACUAUGGUUCGGUAUUUAGAUCUGCAGAGCUUCAUAGUUCGAGCUCGUGUACUGAAGCUUUAUAGGCAGGCAUUGAGAACUGCACGUCGGGCACCUACUCAUGCAAGAGAUGAGCUGAGACAAACUAUGAGGCAGGAGAUAGAGAAGAACCGGUAUUGCGAUGAUAAGCAGAAAAUUCGCUUCCUAAUUAGCGAAGGCUUGCAGAGAUUGAAGGGUCUUGAUGAGACGCUCGACAUGACGGGCCAUAGCUGAUGCGCUUAUUUGGAUUUGAUGCAUUCUAUCUUCUUUAUAGAACUUUCAGAAACCCAGCGACCUUUCUUUAAAAUGUCAAGAUGGUCAAGGAGACAUUGAGGACACCUAUGCACUCUUAUUAUUUGAGCUUGCAAGAGAUCCUGUUAUAUUCA